GAUCCUCGACCUGAUUAUCAAUCGGCAAGAAAAUGGAAAAGAGAAUGCGAUUCAGCCAGUGCGAGUAAUGGGUCUUCAGUUUAUUUUCAUAAUUCAACAUUCACAGGAGAUCUAGUGCAAACUGGAAGUAUCGGCGGAAAUUUUAAGUUGUCCAGUAAAGUGCAGAAAAGGAAUACAAAUUAUGGAAAGAGUGAUAAUGUUGAGGAAAGAGCUUCCAAAAAAAAAUCGAGCACGAUCUCCACUGACGAAUCAGAUUUAGAUUAUCCACGGGAUCAGACAAAUGCAAGCGGAUCUGAUUAA